GCUACCUAUAUGUAACCGAACCAAAACAAAAGCCGUAUUCUCUUCUAUCUUCAAUUUGAUAUCCUCGAAAGAAUAACAAAGAGAGUAACUAAACCAACAAGUUUUGGACAGAGACCCAUACACAAAUAGUUUCCCUGUUCUUUGGUCCGAGCAACGAUGGAAAGGUACGACAUAUUGAGAGAUCUUGGCUCCGGCAACUUUGGAGUUGCGAAGCUUGUCAGAGAGAAAAACAACGGAAAGUUUUACGCCGUUAAGUACAUCGAAAGAGGCAUUAAGAUUGAUGAACAUGUACAGAGAGAGAUCAUAAAUCAUAGAGACUUGAAGCAUCCCAAUAUCAUCAGAUUCAAAGAGGUUUUUGUAACACCAACACAUCUUGCCAUAGUAAUGGAGUAUGCAGCAGGUGGUGAGCUUUUUGAAAGAAUUUGCAGUGCCGGUAGAUUCAGUGAAGACGAAGCAAGGUACUAUUUCAAACAGCUUAUCUCGGGAGUUAGCUAUUGUCACGCUAUGCAAAUAUGUCACCGAGACCUUAAGCUCGAGAAUACACUCUUAGAUGGGAGCCCCUCGUCGCAGCUCAAAAUAUGCGAUUUCGGAUAUUCCAAGUCAUCAGUGCUACACUCUCAGCCAAAAUCCACCGUGGGAACUCCGGCUUACGUUGCUCCAGAGGUCCUGUCACGAAAAGAAUAUAACGGGAAGAUUGCAGAUGUAUGGUCGUGUGGGGUAACAUUAUAUGUAAUGUUAGUUGGUGCUUAUCCCUUUGAAGAUCCAGACGAUCCAAGAAACAUUAGAAAAACAAUUCAGAGGAUAUUAAGUGUACAUUACACCAUACCAGAUUACGUCAGGAUCUCCUCCGAAUGCAAGCAUCUCUUAUCUCGUAUCUUCGUUGCUGACCCUGAUAAGAGAAUAACUGUGCCGGAAAUCGAAGAACACUCCUGGUUCUUGAAGAAUCCAGAACCGGUUAUCUCAGAGAAGAAAAUAGUGGAAGAGGAAGAAGAAGAAGAAGAAGAAGAGAAGAGUAGACAGAGUGUUGAAGAAAUAGUGAAGAUAAUAGAAGAAGCGAGAAAGGAUGUGAAUGGUAAGAAUGAUAGUAAUGGUGGAUUAGGCUUAAUAGAUGGAAGCAUGAUUGAUCUUGAUGAUGAGGUGGAUGAUGAUGAUGACGAUGAGAAAAAUGGUGAUUUUGUAUGUGCUCUAUGAGUUUCAUAUACAUACUGCAUUUGGUGCGUAUGUUCAUGCAUGUAUUUUUUUUUUAAUCUGUGUGUAGCUUGAGAAUAUCCUAUGAUUUCGUGUUGCAUAAAGUAUGGUCUGUAUAAUUAAUAAUAAGUGGAAAAUAAUUAACCACUAAUUAAGUCAAAUAAAGUUGUCUAUUUCAUGUGUA